AUGACGCUAAAUCGAGCCGAGCAUCCCAUCCAUGCGGAGCGGACUGUCCGCAUUGCAUGUAUUGGGGCCGGAGUGGCUGGUCUCUGCCUUGCAUACAAGCUACAACGAUCUUUUCGUAAUAUCGAAUUAGUUGUCUAUGAGAAAAACAAAAGUGUCGGGGGAGUCUGGUACGAAAAUCACUAUCCUGGAGUUGCCUGCGACGUCCCAGCCCACAACUAUGUCUAUUCUUUCGAGCCCAAUCCCAACUUCCCGGCUGAAUAUGCGCCGGGAAGCUCAGUGCUGCAGUACCUCAAGGACUUUGCCACAAAGUACAAUUUGAAUCAGUAUGUGCGCACCCAGACUAAGGUCACAUCGGCCGUGUGGGAUGAAGCCAAGGGUAAAUGGGGCAUCGAGCUCGAAGACCUCGCCAACCAGCAAAGCCUGACCGACACGGUCGACAUACUCAUCAAUGCCAGUGGUCCAUUGAACCGAUGGAAGUGGCCAAGUAUCCCUGGCUUGAACGAGUUCAAGGGACGCCUGGUCCAUAGCGCCAAUUGGGACGACGGCUAUGAUGUUUCUGGGAAACGAAUUGCCUUGAUUGGAAACGGCUCCAGCGGCCAGCAACUCCUCACAGCUCUCCAACCACAAGCCAGCCAACUCCUUCACUUUAUCCGCCAACCCAACUGGAUCGUGGGUCCCUUCGGCGGAGCGCAGCAAACAUACACCCCAGACCAGAUCACAGAGUGGACUAACGACCCAUGCCAUCUCCUCACAAAGCGCAAACAAAUUGAGACAGUGAUCAACAGCACAUUUUCUACUUUCCUUCGUGACAGCCCACUCCAUCAAGGCAUGCGCCAGUACCUAACUCAAACAAUGGAAGCAACCUUAAACCAGCACAACCUUCCCACCUCGGAACUCCUCCCCACCUUCGCCCCAGGCUGCCGUCGACCAACUCCCGGAGUCGGCUACCUCUCAGCCCUCAGCCAGCCCAACACCACCCUCAUCGUCGGAGAAAUCACCCGCAUCUGCUCCGACGGCCUCAUCGAUAGCACAGGAACCCACCACGCCGUGGAUGCCAUCAUUUGCGCCACCGGCUUCGACACCACCUGCAUCCCGUCCUUCCCCUUGAUCGGCAAAUCCAACCAAUCUCUUGCGAACCUCUGGGCCGACGACGUCCUAGACUCCUACUUCGCAACCACUGUCCCGCACAUGCCCAAUUACGCCAUGUUCGCGGGCCCCUUUUUCCCUUCCAUCAGCGGGAGUUACCUCCGCACCGCCGAGAUUCAAGCCGAGUACAUCUGCCAGUUGAUCGACCGCUACCAGACGGAGAAUAUUCAUGCGUUCAGUCCGUCGCGCGCUGCUAGUCGGGCUUUCACGGCUCAUUGUCGUAAGUUUUUGUUGGAAAAGACCGUCUGGGCGGAUGCGUGUCGCUCGCAUUAUAAGGCCGAUGGCGAUAGUGCCAGAUUGUCGAUGUGGCCGGGGAGUAGUUUGCAUUUUGCGGAUGCGUUACGUGAGUUAAGGGCUGAGGAUUAUGAUUGGGAGUAUGUUGGUGGAGAUCGGUUUGCUUGGUUGGGGAACGGGCUCUCGGCUACCGGGGCUGAUGAAACAAGUGACUUGGCGUGGUACUUGGGAGAUCGGGAUAGUGGACCGCUAGGGAGUAGGGGUGCCAGGCGGAGGGUUCUGACCAAGAGUGGGACUUUUGGGGUUGGGGAGCGGGAGAAGUUGCUGCAGGGGAGACCAGCUGACUGA